AGGCGGUAAGGAAUAAAGUGGAAAUGACGUCGUUUUGUCUCCAAUAAUUCAUGUCUUUUUGUUGUUCAUUCUCGCCCAUACACCCAGCUACAAUCCCUUCUCUCUACUGUAAAUUGAGGAUCGGCUUCGUUAAAUCAAGCUUCUGUUCUUCUUCUCAAUGGAGGGUGUAGCACUAGCAGUCGGAGGAUGGUUAGCGCAGCCUGUCAUCAACAUGCUUGUCGACAGGGUGUGGACGCUGAGAGGAAAGCUGCACGGCCUUCAGGACGAUGACUUGCAGAAGCUACAUAGAUCUCUGCUUAACAUCCACACGAUCGUCGAGAAAGCAGGGAUGAGAUGGAGCAGGGACGCAAGGUUAGUCGAGAUGAUGAAGCAACUCCAAGAUGCCGCUUACGACGCCGAAGACUUCCUCGAUGAACUGACGUUCCAUGGCAUGAAGCAAAAGAUUGAAGAAGAGGCAAGUCACAAGGCUCCUAACCGCUUUUAUAGAGCUAUUAGGAACGCCAAAACUAAAUUGAUCAGUGAUUCUGUCAAAAGACUGAACAAGAUCCAGAAAAAGUUGGAUUGUAUUUAUGCUGACAUGAAGGAAAUGUGCCAAUUAUUACAAGUGGAUGCAGUGGAUGCAUCUGAUGUGCAAUAUCAAUCUGAUUUGGCGUCGGCCACACGAGAAACAAGCUCUUUCUUGAUCAGCAACGUGCUUGGCAGAGAGGAAGAACAAAAGAGAAUAAUAGGGCUAUUACUAAGAUCAACAGACGAGUCAGCAUCAGCAAGUGACAAGGGCAGUAGCUUCUCGGUCAUACCUCUUGUCGGAAUAGGAGGUGUUGGGAAGACUACUCUGGCUCAGCUUGUUUACAAGGAUAAAGAGAUUCAGAACCAUUUCGGCCUCAAGAUUUGGAUUUGUGUGUCCGAGAAUUUUAAUGUGCAAAGACUCACCAAGGAGAUCAUCGAGUCUGUAACCAAGACUGAACAUUCUUCGCAAAUGAAGUUAGAUGUUCUCCAAAACAUUCUGAAAGAGAAAAUUGCGUCUAAGAUGGUUAUGUUAGUCCUCGAUGAUGUAUGGAAUGAAGACGAGGAGGAGUGGAGAAAGUUGUGUGCACCAUUCGAGGAUGCUGCUGCAGGAAGCAAGGUCAUAGUGACAACUCGGAGCAUGAGCAUUGCCAACAAAAUUGGUUCAGUUGAGGCGAUUGUUCUUGGCGGUUUAGAUGAAAUAUCUUUUUGGGAGCUGUUCAAGCAAUGUGCAUUUGGUCCUUCCAAACCUGAGGAGCACGCAGAACUCGUGGGCAUCGGGAGAAGUAUAGCUUGGAAGUUGAAGGGCUUGCCACUAGCAGCAAAAACAGUGGGAAACUUGUUAGGAUCCAACAUGAAUACACACCACUGGAGAAGUAUAAUGAAAAGUGAGGUAUGGGAAUUGCAACAGAAUAAAAAUGAUAUUAUUCCAGUUCUACAACUGAGUUAUCAAUAUCUUAGUGCACCUCUCAAGAGGUGUUUUGCCUUGUGUUCUCUCUUUCAAAAGGAUUACAAGUUUUCUAAAACUGAAUUAACAAGAAUUUGGAUGGCUGAAGGGUUCGUUGUAGCUCAAGGAAAUCAGAGGAUGGAAGAUGUAGCAAGUAAGUACUUUCAUGAGUUGGUCAACAUGUCUUUGUUUCAACAAGAAACAUCAUUCUGGGGGCAUUAUUACGUGAUGCAUGAUCUCAUACAUGAUCUAACACAGUCGGUAUCUGUGGACGAAACAAGUAGGAUGGAAUAUGGCAAGUCCAAUAAGAUAUCAACCACCCUCCGUCAUCUAGCAGUUGAAACAGAGUUCAUAGAGACAAAAGAAUUGAGGUCCAGAUUCAAGAAAUUGCAUUCUCUAUUCUGCCAACAUCUAGAGUCACAACCCCUUGACUUUAUUGAAAAAUUAAGAAGCAUUCGUGUAUUGGUUUUGUCUCAUUGUGGCUUGCAGAUGCUGCCUACGAGUGUUGGUGAAUUGGUACAUCUCCGGUACCUGGACAUUUCUCACAAUGAAAUGGAAGAAUUGCCUGAAUCACUGUGUGAACUCUACAAUUUGCAAACACUGAACGUAAACAACAGUCCACUAAUCUCUCUUCCAGAAGAUAUAAGUCGGCUGAUUAACUUGAGGCAUCUUGAUGAUGAAAAUGGAAUAGUUUUAAAGAUAAAAAUGAUAGGGAGGCUAACCUCUCUUCAAGAAUUGUCUGAAUUCCAAGUGCGGAAGGAAGUUGGAUUCAAGAUCACAGAGCUAAGUGGCUUGAAGCAGCUUCAUGGAAACCUCAAAAUUACUAAUCUGGAGAAUGUUGAAAGUAAAGAAGAGGCUGAAAAGGCUCAAAUGAAGAACAAAGAGUAUCUUGAUGCUCUAGUGUUGGAAUGGGGAUUUGAUCCCGAGUUGGAGAACAAGUUAGUUGCCAUGGAGGAGGUACUUGAUGGACUCCAACCAUAUGAGUCACUAAAACAAUUAGAGAUCAGGAGGUAUUGUGGUGCCAGAUCACCCAGCUGGAUGAAAAAGGAGGAGUUAUCCAACUUGGAAAGCCUUGAGUUGAGUUACUGUGAGAGUUGGAAAGAAUUGUCCAUACUUGGACAAUUUCCUUGUCUGAGGGUUGUUCGUUUGACAGGGAUAGAGUCAUUGAAACGCAUUGGUUUUGCAGCAUCCGGUGCCAAAGAAAAUUCCUGGUUUCCUAUGCUAGAAGAGUUCGAAUUGAAUAACAUGCACGCGUUGGAAGAGUUCUACACUCUAGGACAUUUUCCACGUCUCAGAGUUCUUCGCAUGGAAGGAAUGAGGUUAUUGAAACACAUUGAUUUUGCAGCAUUCGGUUCCGUAGAAAAUUCAUUGUUUCCUAUGCUAGAAGAGUUGGAGUUGAUAGACAUGGAUGUGUUGGAGGAGUUCUCCAAUCUAGGACAUUUUCAACGUCUCAGGAUUCUUCGCAUGGUACGAAUGCCGUUGUUGAAACACAUCGGUCUUGCAUCAGUUGACGCCACAGAAAAUGAUCUGUUCCCUAUGCUAGAAAGGCUACAGCUGAUGUACUUGCCAAUCUUAGAGGAGCUCCCUGAUCUUGGUUCACUUCCAUGUCUCAAGUUUCUUCAAAUGAAAAGGAUGCCUGUCUUAAAACAUAUUGAUUUUGCUUUCGACGGUGCUACAGACAAAAUACUACUUCCAAGGGUAGAGACGCUAGAAUUGUAUGACCUAGAGGCACUUGAGGAGCUUCCUAGUAAUCUUGGACGACUUCCAUGUCUUACGGAUCUUAACAUUGCAAAUAUAUCAGCAGUGAAACAGAUAAGCAAUGGGUUCUUUAGCAUUGAAGCUAUAUCCAAGUGUUUUCUUAACUUGGAAAGUCUCUCGAUCACCAACAUGCCAGCAUGUGAAGGGUGGUGUUGGUUGGACGGCAGCUAGCUAUUUCCAAGCUUACAAAGACUUACUAUCUAUGGAUGCCCUAAGCUCGAGAGGUUACCUCCUCUCCCUCCUUCGCUUACAGAUUUAACAAUAAGAGAAGUUGGGUUAACAGAGCUGCCAAGCCUACAAGAACUAGAAACAAAUCGAAGCGGGGUCAAUCAAACGACAUCAUCUCUCUCAGACUUACGAAUCAGUGAGUGCAACAAUUUGACAAGCUUAGAAGAAGGGUUGCUGUCGCAGAAUCUAUCAAAUAUUAAAGUCAUUCAUGUAGAAGGAUGUAAUGAACUUAUGCGGAUGCCUCUCAAGAAAUUUGAAAACUUCACUUCGCUCAAGAAAUUACAGAUAAAAGCUUGUCCCAAGCUUAGCCUGACACAAGAAGAGGAAGCCGCCCUCCUUCCUUCCUCAAUCGAAACUUUAAAAUUGGACGACUGUGGCGAUCUCGAUAAAUUGUUGCUUGGCAACCCCUAUAACUUUACUUCACUGACUAAAUUAAAAAUUGUCAACUGCCCCUACAUACAAUCUCUUCCAAGUGUACUUUUUCUCCGCUUGAGCCGGCUUGAGAGUUUGACCAUUAUCAAUUGCCAUGGGCUGAGACUAGUGGAGGGGUUGGAGGUUUCAAAGUCCCUCAAGGUGUUGAAGAUCAGAAGAUGUCCCAAUCUUUCAUCUAAUCCAGUUGAGCAAGGAGGGGAAAGCUUUUUGCACCAACUACGUUAUCAUGAGAUUGAUUGAUGACAAUUUUAUUUCCAUGAGUCAUACUUUUGGCAUUUUCUUGAUCCUAUAAUGUAAUGUGUGCUCAAGAAUUAGAAUUCUUGUUAGACAGAACUUUUGCUUCUUGGUUUUUUUUAUCUUGAUCAGGUUCAGAAGCAAUUCAUAAAUUGUUAUAUCUCUUGCGUUAAAUGAGUUUAUGCUAUUCUGAAAAAGGAUUUAAUUUAUGUAUUUUUUUUUGAGUUCGUUAAAUGAAUUAUCUAUUUAA